CCCCGGGCGGGACCUGCGCUGCGCGUGGGACGGGGCGCGGGGCGGGAGCCACUGGACGGGUCCCCAGGACCGAUCCCUCUCCGAGACUGAGUUCCUCCAGACCGAGUCCGCCGCUCCCAGGGCCGUGCGUCCGCGCCUUGACCCGCAGCGAUGCCCCUGCGCGCGCCCAGGGCGCCCUGAGCGCGCGUGUCCGAGGCGGGAGUCGCGCCCCAGCUGGGAGUCCCGCGUGCCCCCGGGUGUCCCUGCGGAGCGCCGCCUCCCUCUGCUCGAGGCCCGGCCGCAGCUCUUUCCCUCUGCUCUCCUGCCAGGCUCCGGCGGCGGCCAUGUGGGGCUGACAGUCAGCGCGCGUUCCAGGAGUCCGAGGAGCGGAGGGGACGCGGCCAGGUGGACGCCAGCCCGCUGGCGGGGCGGCACGGGGCUUGGCGAUGGACGUUCAAGGCUUGGACUGGCUUCUGGUCCCGCUGCACCAGCUGGUUUCCUGGGGGGCGGCGGGGGCCAUGGUCUUCGGAGGGGUGGUGCCCUACAUCCCGCAGUACCGGGACAUCCGGAGGACUCAGAACGCCGAGGGCUUCUCCACCUACGUGUGCCUGGUGCUCCUGGUGGCCAAUAUUUUACGGAUCCUCUUCUGGUUUGGAAGGCAUUUCGAGUCCCCGCUGCUCUGGCAGAGCAUCGUCAUGAUCAUCACCAUGUUGCUGAUGCUGAAGCUGUGCACCGAAGUCCGCGUGGCCAACGAGCUCAACGUCAAACGCCGUUUCUUUGCAGCUGCAGAUAAUAAGGACGAGGAAGUCAAAGUGCCCCCCAGGCGGUCAUAUCUGGACUUCGACCCUCACCACUUCUGGCACUGGAGCAGCUUUGCGGACUACCUGCAGUGUGUCCUGGCCUUCACGGGCAUCGCAGGCUACGUCACAUACCUGUCCAUCGACUCAGCCCUGUUCGUGGAGACCCUGGGCUUCCUGGCCGUGCUGACCGAGGCCAUGCUGGGCGUGCCGCAGCUGUACCGCAACCACCGCUACCAGUCCACGGAGGGCAUGAGCAUCAAGAUGGUGCUCAUGUGGACAAGUGGUGACACCUUCAAGAUGGCAUACUUCCUGCUGAACGGUGCCCCCCUGCAGUUCUCCGUGUGCGGCCUGCUGCAGGGCACCUGCGGAACCUGGGAGACGCUCGCAAACCCGGGAGACGGCGGAGCAGGCCUCUGCAGGACAGGUCGUGGGGAGGCUUCUCUGUGUCUCAGCCUGGACGUGUCCCGUAAACCCGGGCCCGGGGUGCAGAAUGAGAAGCAGCAUUGGGAGAGCUUGGGCCCCGGCACCUCAGGGCCCAUGGUCAGAACAGCUGAGGAUGGACGCGCUGCUGGACGGCAUGUGGCGAGGGCACUCUGUGCCAGGAUGGGCCGGGCACAGAGCGUGUGGCUCGGAUCCUGUGUCCACGUGGAAGGGAAGCCACACCAACACACAGGACCUAUGUCCUGGUCUAUAUAGCUGGAGUGGCCUUGCCUGGGCACCUUCAGUGCGGCCUCCUCAUAGGACUCGGGACUCAGCCCUAGCCCUGGGCUCGGUAGGGGGCCCAGAGGCCUUGUUGUUACACGGGCCUCCUCCCACUGGGGGCGAGGGGACAAGCCCAUGUCUGUGCCAGCUGGGCACUGGCCAGAGCAAGCUCAGGGGUGUCGGAACCAGAGUCUGGAGUUCUCUCCAUGAGUCCUAUAGGGUAUGACAGGGUGCGAGUGGCCCAUGUGGGCUCCCUGAGGGCCCAGGGCCCAGCGGGCUGCGAGUGGUUUUCCCCCCUUUUCCUGGGAAGUGCGCACAUCUGCAGCACAGCCUGUGAUGUCCAUCUUCCAGGACGGGGACACGCUGAGCAGCCCCACACCCCACACAAUGAGCUGGUGGGCCUGAAGUGACCUUCCAGGGUGGUGGGUCCUGCCCGCCGUCUCCCGCCGGCAUGGUUCUCCAUGUUCGCUGCAUGUGGCGGUGGUGAGGUCACUGGUCUGACACUAGUCCCCACAUUUGUUCCCCUUUCAGUAUUACAUGAGCAUUUCAGCCAGGCCAGUCCCGCACCAGCUCCCAGGCUCCCAAAGGCCAAGUGUUCCAGAUGCUUCCGUGUGGCUCCCACAGGCAUUGCUUUCCCUUCUGCUGGGUGGAGGGGCGGCUCUUUUGCAUUAUCAGCACUGUCUGUGGCUGGUGCCAAAGCUCUUGAGGUGUCUGCGGUGCUCGGUGAGAAGCGUUUGAAGCUGUUUCCUCCUCCUGAGUUUUCCUCAAAAACUCCUGAAUGUUUGAGGAUCCUGCUUAGUUCUUUGGCCUGUAAGAUGCUUUAAAACACUUAUUUUAAAAAAAUGAAGGGAGAUGUCUGUAGUAGUAGUAGCCUCUAAAUUAAAGUAUCAAUGACUGUAGUGCUGACCGAAUGUGCCAUGUGUGGGGACGCUCAGGGUUCUUUCCAUACAGCGACUUUAAAUCAAUAAACUGCUCAAGGACCAA